GGCAGCGCGGGGGGGCGGGACCUGCGCCGCGAACCCCUAUCCCAGGUUGCAUCCGUGACCCCUGACUCAGGCGGCGAUCCCCACUCCAUCCCAGCCUUAUGGCCCGGCACGUGUUUCUGACCGGGCCCCCAGGAGUUGGAAAAACAACAUUAAUCCAAAAAGCCAGUGAAGUUCUGAAGUCCUCUGGUCUGCCUGUUGAUGGAUUUUAUACAGAAGAAGUCAGACAGGCGGGGAGAAGAAUAGGAUUUGAUGUUGUCACGUUAUCUGGAAUGCGGGGCCCUCUGUCUAGAGUUGGGUCAGAGCCUCUGCCUGGAAAAUGUGAAUACCGAGUUGGGCAAUAUGCAGUGGAUCUCACUUCCUUCGAGCAGUUGGCACUUCCGGUCUUAAAGAAUGCAAGUUCCAGAAGUGGCCCUGAGUAUGGAGUGUGUGUCAUUGAUGAGAUUGGGAAGAUGGAGCUCUUCAGUCAGCCUUUCAUCCAGGCUGUUCGUCAGACACUGUCCACCCCAGGGACUGUAGUCCUCGGCACCAUCCCAAUACCAAAAGGAAAACCUCUGGCCCUUGUGGAAGAAAUACGAAACAGAAACGACAUUAAAGUGUUCAAUGUCACCAAAGAAAAUAGAAACCACCUUUUGCCAGAUAUUGUGACGUGGGUGCAGAGCAGCAGGAAGUGACGGUCCGCAUUCCUGGUUUCCUGCACGUGAAGAAAUGUGCUAGUUC